AUGUGCAUGGUACUUUGGGAUACCCUCCAUCCUUUAUAUCUGAAGUCUCUUUCUACCAAGCAGGAUUGGCUUCACAUUGUAAAUGGUUUUAAAACAAGAUGGAACUUUCCUCAUUGUUUAGGAGCCUUUGAUGGAAAGCAUGUCACCAUUCAAGCGCCUGCUAAAAGUGGAUCAUUGUUUUUUAACUAUAAGAAGCAAUUUAGUAUUGUACUUUUAGCAGUCUGUGACAGCCAAUACAGAUUUACACUGGUAGAUAUUGGAGCGUAUGGAUCUCAAAGUGAUGGAGGGAUAUUUAAAGAAAGCGUAUUUGGAACACGUUUUGAACAACAGGCGUUCAAUAUCCUUGAUCCUGAAGUUUUGGAUGAAACUUUCAAUAUUGAAAUGCCGCCUAACGGUUAUAAAAACCAAUAUAAUAAUGGACCUAACAACUAUCAAAACAAUCAAAACCCUAAUAGGAAUCAAUAUUCCUCCAACAAUCCAAAUUUCAACCAACAGAGACCUUCCUUUUCAUCUCAAAAUCAAAAUCAAAAUCGUCCAUCAGUUAUUCAAAGAAACGAAAAUUUUCAAAGGGCACAUGUUUUAAAUGAAUACCCUGAUGAAAUGACGACUAACUAUUGUACAGACGAUUACUAUACAGAUAAUUAUUAUAAUACCGAUAACUAUGAAACAGAUUAUUAUACAGAAAAUAAUAUACAAACAGAUAACUUUUACGAAACCAAUAACACACUCGACACAGAAAAUUAUCAGGAUUUUCUUUCACUUCAGAAUCAAAAUCAUCCUCCCAACCAUACGAACCAUUCAACGGAUAUUACGAAUAUCCAAGAACAAAUCCAAGCACUCAACUUAGACAAUUUUCAUCCGUAUCUCAAUUUUCCCGAACAAAGGUUCCUGUAA